GCCCCGCUGCGCGUCCCCGGGACCUUUCCGCGUCCAGCCCUGCGCAGUCGUGCGCGGACGGCGGCCGAGACCGCGCUGCACCCUGCGCCCGAGACGACGUGCGGGCCUCGCCGCAGCGCGGGGGGUGUCGCGGGGCGCGGGCCCGAAGCCGGGAUGCCGGAAGGACCAUCUGUGAGGAAGUUUCACCACUUGGUCUCCCCUUUUGUGGGGCAGCAGGUGGUCAAGACAGGGGGCAGCAGUAAGAAGCUGAACCCUGCCAGCUUUCAGUUCCUAUGGCUCCAGGAUGCCCAGGUCCAUGGAAAGAAAUUAUUCCUUAGAUUUGAUCCAGAUGAAGAACUUGGGUCCCUUGGCAAUGUCUCACUGCCUGAGCCUCUACAAAAAGGAGAGAGGGAGGAAGAGGACCAGGACCAAAAGCAGGCCUUGAGGCCCAGCAGCCAGAACAUCUCUAACGAGCCCUCUCAGCCCCUGGAGCUUGUCAUUCCCAGUGGAGACAGUGGUUUGGAGUGUUUGCAGGGAGACACUUCUGCUGGAGGAGGUGCUGAGAGGUGGCUGCAGGUCAGCUUCGGCUUAUUUGGCAGCAUUUGGGUGAACGAGUUCUCCAGAGCAAAGAAAGCAAACAAGAGGGGUGACUGGCGGGACCCCAUUCCAAGGUUGGUCUUGUACCUUAGCGGUGGCAGCUUCCUGGCAUUUUAUAAUUGUCAGAUGUCCUGGAGAUCUUCGGCCUUGGUCCAACCCACCUCUGACAUCUUGUCUGAAAAGUUCCAUCGAGGACAAGCCUUGGAAGCCCUGGGACGGGAGCAGCCUGUCUGCUAUACACUAUUGGACCAAAGAUACUUCUCAGGCUUAGGGAACAUCAUUAAGAAUGAAGCCUUGUACAGAGCCGGGAUCCAUCCCCUUUCUCUUGGUUCACUCCUCAGUCCUCGGCAUCUUGAGGCCCUCGUGGAUCACGUGGUGGAGUUCAGUGCAGACUGGCUUCAGGGCAAGUUCCAGGGCAAACAGCAGCACACGCAGAUCUACCAGAAAGAGCAGUGUCCCGUCGGGCACCCGGUCAUGAAAGACGCAUUCGGGCCUCCAGGUGGUUUCCAGAGGCUGACCUGGUGGUGCCCUCAGUGCCAGCCCAGGCUGCCACCCAACGAGCAAGAGCAGGCCCAGCACUCCUAGCAUGCUCCAGCCCUUCUUCACAGAACCUUGCCCUCGAGGGGCCGUGAUUCCUGAAUGUCAAGAAAGCAGGUGUUGUCGGCGUUUGGGUCUGAGUUCAGGAGUUUGAGAGCAGGGUGGGUCAGGGGGAUGUCAGUAGUGCUGCUAGCCAUCUCGCUGGAGUUAGGUUGAAGGCGGUUUCUACAGGGUUCCAUUUUUUCCUUCUCUAGUUUUGGUUAAUUCUUGCUAUCUAAUGCUGCCAUUGGGAAAGAUGAGAAAAAUCCUGAUGACGACAGUAAAGGGAAAAACCUCCCAGUGGGGCGAUGCGAAAGCACAUGGAAAGCAGCUAUGCUUCAACGUUACUUUGCAGGUGCUUGGUUUUGUGUUUGAAAACUUGGUUGAUUAUAAGGCUCUCUGUUUAAGACACAGGAAAACAGAAUUUUCUUUCUUUGUUCUCCUAGAGGAUGGAGUAGCACAUGAGAGCAGUGCUCUGAUUGAGCCUCCUGCCUGGAUCCUUUUCUAUGGGUUGGAGACCCCUGGAGAAGGGUCAGAGGAGGAGAGGGACCGGGGAAUUGGCCACCUUCCCUCUGUGCCCAGGGGGUUUUAGGAAAAAGCCACUUACUUCCUCCUCAAGGUGAUAUAUUUGACUGUUGGUAUGUUGAGCAGCACAGGAAUCGAGGGUUGUAGAGACACUGUCAGGCUGUUAGCAACAGCUAUAAGAAAGUAGGACAGCUUUGUUUAUGAAAAUAAAGCUCUGUGUUAUUUUC